UCCCUCACCUUGGGCCAUGCGGUCUGAUUGGCCGCCUGCUGACAUCCCCGAGCCCUGCACUUUUUAAUAGAACGCUUUUGGAUGAUCUACGGGGGGAAAGGCUUGGAGAGGUGUGUUUCUGACAAGCCAGGAAAAGUCACCCGAGCCACCAGGGACUUGGCUUCACUCUUUUUUACCCCCCCUCCUUUUUUUUUUUUUUUUUUUUUUUCCUUGGGAGGAGGGGGAUUUCUUCAUUUUGGCACUUCAUGUUUUUCUGAAAACUUCGCGGCGAUUUUUUCCCCCUUGCACCAGCCUGGACUGAUGGAUUACCACCUGCUUGGACUAAUUCUGUCUUUUCUCUUCAAUGGCACAAAGGUCUUAGCCGGUUACCCAAUUUGGUGGUCCCUGGCCCUGGGCCAGCAGUACAGCUCCCUGGGCUCCCAGCCCAUCCUCUGUGGCUCCAUCCCCGGCCUGGUGCCCAAGCAGCUCCGCUUCUGCCGCAACUACAUCGAGAUCAUGCCCAGCGUGGCCGAGGGGGUGAAGCUGGGCAUCCAGGAGUGCCAGCACCAGUUCCGGGGCCGCCGCUGGAACUGCACCACCAUCGACGACAGCCUGGCCAUCUUCGGGCCUGUCCUGGACAAAGCCACGCGCGAAUCCGCCUUCGUGCACGCCAUCGCCUCGGCCGGGGUGGCCUUCGCUGUCACCCGCUCC